GCCUAAAAUGAACCGUAGCCCAAGAAAAGCCCAAAUUUCUUGAACUAUCUUUGCUCAUCGAAGCAAUGGCGCCUUGAAACGAAACCUGAAACAAUGGCAGAAGAAGAACCCGUCAAUGGCUACUGCAGCAGCAGUGGCGAAGAAGACGGUGAUGCAGCAUGGAGAGCUGCCAUUGAUUCCGUUGCUGGAACCUCCUCCUACGUUACUUCCUUCAUGAAUGGUUUUUCCGCCACCAACAACAAUGACCCCAAGAAGCAUGAUGAUAACAACCCUAAAACCCCCAAGAUUAAGCACUACCAAAUAAAGGCACAAAAAAUGCUGAAUGACAUGUUGGAAAAUACAAUUGAGAUAGUGAAAGAACCUAUCCUUGUUCCAGAUGAGGAGCCCAAUACCGAUGAUCGCGGCAUUCGCUUGUUUAAGCAUUCUAAACCAGGAAUAGUUUCUGAUCAUGUAGAUGAACCCCUGCCGCCAAGGAAACGACCUAAAAUAGUUCCGGGAGAAGAUAUUGAUGAGAAAUCUAAAAAGUUUAGAAGACAGAUUCGAUCUAUCGCUGUAGAUGGAAAAGAUUUAAUUGCUGCAGCAAAUGAUGCAUACAAUAAGUCGUUGGCUAGACUAGAGGCUAAAGAUGCAGCAGCGAAAGCUAAAGCCAAGAGAGAGGAGGAAAGAGUUGAGAAAUUGAAAAAGAUUAGGGGAGAGAGGUGGCUACCGUCGAUGGCCAAGGAGAUGCAGGUUAAAAGCAAGUAAUCAACACUGACAUUGUCUUCGGAGGUGCAGGUUAAAUAUCACCACUGACAUUGUCUUUGGAUUACUAUACUCCUUCAAUGCGUUAAUGUGUAUCUUGAUGAUCAUAAUUGUUGAUUUGUUAAUGGAGCUAGUUGUACCGUAAACAAUGUAGCGAUAAAUUUAGAUGAAAAAACAUUCUUUCAUUUUUAUUA